UUUUGCCACCCGCCUGUUAUUGACAUUUCGCAAGACACUCGUCAAAAGGCAAGAUGGCAGCAGCAGCUAUCCCCGUGAUAUUAAUGACCUUAUUUUGGGGUGUGGUGGGUAUUGUUUUGCCCAUUAUACUCCCAAAAGGUCCAAAUCGAAGUUUAAUGCAGUGUAUCCUGGUAAUAACAGCAGCAGCUUGUUGGUUAUUCUGGUUUUGUUGUUAUAUGCACCAGAUGAAUCCUCUGAUCGGUCCGCAACUCCAUACGACGACACUUAUUGCCCUAAACAAACUUUGGGAAGGCAAUUGAAAGCUCAUCUAAUUGGGGAGCACCAUCAUAUAACAGAAGCUUGUGGAAGCUUUAGUAUUAGAAAUGCAUAUUUGUUUUUGUUUUAGAGUAACGGUAGUGUGCUGUUACAUAAUAUUUAUUGUGCUGUUGUAUAUGAUGUGUCAUAGUGUAAUGUAUUCAUAAUGAAGUUUUAUGACUUGUAUAGAGACUGCAUGAUUACACAGUGUUUGUGAAUGGUUCUACAGCCACCCUACUAUACUUCAUUAAAAAAUCCAGCUUUGAAAAACUAAUCCCUACAUUAAAAACGAGAAGAGGAAAAUUCAGUAAUGUGCCCCUUCAAACACUGGUAAUGUAGCAACUUACAUUGAGAAUAUCUACCGUUUACUUGAUAUUCUCAUAUUAGGGAUGUGAAUAGAAGUUUUUGUGAAAAAUUUUCAGGAAUUAAAUCAUAUUGUUAGCUCUGAGGGAGUUUUUAUUCUCUGUUGAUAAGGGAACAAUGAUGCGUAUUCAUAUUUUAAAUCUGUAGAGUCUCUCUCUCUCUCUCUCUCUCUCUCUCUCUCUCUCUCUCUCUCUCUCUCUCUCUCUCUCUCUCUCUCUCCUUCCUUAGGUUUUUCAUGAGUGUAUUUUGAGAAUUUCUAUUCCUUAAUAAAGUUAACUUUUAGAAUAUUUUUAAUUUAAUAUUAAGAAUUACAUAAGAUUUUAUUUUGUCAUUAUGAAAUACACUCUCUAGUCAAA